UGGCAGUCGAAGGGGCUGUUGUGCAAUCGAUAUUAAAUGUUGUGAUCAUACGAAUUUUACAAUAAAACGCAAAUUUUCCGGUGGGAGUACAUUUCGAUCUAAAAAUGGCUUUCCGUUUGCGUAGACAAGUUAUUCAAAAUUAUUCAUCCGAUGCUUAGAGGUUAGAUCUUCUAUUGUCAAGGUGUAAAAAUGAUAACAGCAGAGCUUAAAUCCUUCUAGUAACAAACAAUAACAUUCAAGGGUUACGAUAAGAUGACGGCCUGCCCAUUUCGCCGCUCGUCGGGAUCGACGGCGGUCCAAAACGGCGGCGGAGCAGCUCUGAAACGAACUUUUACGACGAAACAGAAUUCUAUUCAAAUCACUGACGAUCAAUUCGACGAAGACCGCAAUACUCUUAACUUAAAGCAUUUAAACGAAGCAAUACUUAUUCUUACGUCACCAACGAAUGAAGCUGUCCAACAGGGUUUGACUUCAUUGUUAAUAAAGGAGGGACCUACAAACCGUUAUAAGUAUAGUUGUCUAGAUCCUCUACCAGAAAGUGUCACCACUUGUUCUCACUACGCGUAUUUGGAAGACCUUUAUGAUAUGGUCAAAUGCGAAAACGAUAUAGAUAUAAAUGCAUUCUUCGAUAACUUGGGUCAAGAACUAAUCGCUGCAUCUCUCAACAGCCGAACUGAACGUGCUUUCAUUUGCCUUGGUGGUGACCUCAAUGAAUUUUUGACCACUCUGGACGGCGUCUAUGACGUCCUGAAAUACCAAGAAAACGGUCGCGAAAGCGAACACGAAACCGAAGCGUUUGUUUGUACAGCGAUUAACGAAAAAAACUUGCAACUGGAUUUCUCAACGGAAAAACCAGCGAUUGCUUAUUUAUUUGUUGGAAGUUUGAAGGCUAUCGCAAGGAUUCUCUACAAUACUCAAGUCGAAAUUGAGCUAGAGCAAAAUAGUGUGGAUAAAAGGCAUUUUAGGUACAAAAUUCAACUGAUUUCGUCAUCGAAAGCAAAUAUAAAUGCUGCACCAGAUAACACAAGCAACAAUCUACAAAUGGGGGUGAGCACUUUCUGCAAAGCUUUUCCAUGGCAUUUUGUUUUAGAUUAUCGUCUAGAGUUUGUCCAAUUGGGAACUGGCUUCAUGCGACUUUUUGGACAGUUUCUGACAACUUGUGGUGCAUCAGUAGCAACAUAUUUUGAAUUUCAAAGACCAAGGAAUAUUACUCUCUCAUUUGACGAAAUUGUUAAACGAGCCAACACUCCAUUUCUGCUGAGCAUCAAGAAAUUUGCGAAAUCUGAAGAAUUUGCUGCGGAGGAUCUGAAACUUAAAGGUCAGAUGGUGUUUUGUCCGGAAUCGAAUUCAAUCCUGUUUAUUGGUUCUCCAUUCAUCGACGGACUGGAGGGUCUCACCGGAAGUGGGCUUUUCAUCUCCGACAUACCUCUCCACGAUGCCACUAGAGAUGUUAUUUUAGUGGGAGAGCAAGCUCGGGCACAAGAUGGUUUAAGAAGAAGAAUGGACAAACUUAAGAGUUCUAUCGAAGAGGGAAACAGAGCUGUAGAUAAAGAACGAGAGAAAAACGUUAGUUUAUUGCAUUUGAUAUUUCCACCAGAUAUCGCAAAGCGUUUGUGGCUGGGAGAGACAAUAGAAGCCAAAACACAUGAAGACGUCACUAUGCUAUUUAGCGACAUUGUGGGAUUUACCUCAAUUUGUUCCACUGCAACACCCAUGAUGGUUAUUAAUAUGCUGCAAAAUUUAUACAAUAAAUUUGAUAUUUUUUGUGGUCAAAUCGAUGUAUACAAGGUGGAGACUAUCGGAGACGCCUACUGCGUAGCUGGAGGAUUGCAUAAGGAAACCAACACACAUGCUCAACAAAUCGCUUGGAUGGCACUCAAGAUGAUAGAAGUGUGCUCAACGCAUCAAACCCACCAAGGAGAACCAAUAAAAAUGCGAAUCGGUAUCCAUACUGCUUCUGUACUGGCUGGCGUUGUAGGUGUUAAAAUGCCUCGUUAUUGCAUGUUUGGGCAUAAUGUCACCAUAGCAAAUAAGUUUGAAUCUACCAGCGAACCGUUAAAGAUUAAUAUUUCUCCUACUACUUUUGUGCGCUUAAUACGAGCUGGCGGUUUUGUAACCGAAGAACGCGACCAAAAAUGCCUCCCCAAAGGAUUUCCCUCUCACAUUCCGGGCACCUGUCACUUCCUCACCGACUACAAGCACCAAAAUCUGCAUGAAGACGCUCCCAUAGCGCAACAUAUCGAAGCCGGACUUCUCGACAUCGGUUUGAAAUGGGAUCACACUCUUUAAGACUGUUACGAACUAGCAAUAAACCGCAAUAUAGGUCUUUGUACUGAGAGGGAAUAAAUUAUUUUGAGGCUUUUUCCCUACUUACUGCACCACUUUUGGUACUAUAUAUUAUAUUAUAUAUUAAUUUAUUUCCAAUCUUAAAUAUACACUUCUAGAC